AGGGGAGGAGGGCGCCCGGCGGAGCGUUGAAUGGGGCGCCGCAAGGCACGGCCGGGCUUUGUGCAGCGAGCCCGCGGGCACCCCUCCCGCUGUAGCCUCGCCCCGCCCCGCAGCCCGCGACCCCUGCUGCUGGGGAGCGGAGGGCCGGCGGCAGCCCGAGACUCCGGCGAGAGCGACGCAAAGUCGGCGGCGGCGGCGGCGGCGGCCCGAGGGCGCCGGUGUGCCCAGUGCGCGGCGGGGACGGCAGCGAGCUCGCUGGAGGGCUCCCCGGAAUAAUCCAGAAGUCGAUUCCAUCAUGGCAGAACUCAAGGUGGACGCGCCGGCCAGCGUAGACUGGCAGAAACGCUGCCUGACCCUGGAAACCCAGCUUUUCCGGUUCCGCCUACAGGCCAGCAAGAUAAGGGAGCUGCUGGCUGACAAGAUGCAGGAGCUGGAGCAGAGGUUGCUGGAGGCAGAGCAGAGAGCAGAGAACGCCGAGACCCAGGUGGGUGUCAUGGAAGAGAAGGUAAAACUAUCCAAUCUGAAGAAUGUGGACUCUGAGGGGAGCCUGCACCGGAAAUACCAAGAAUUGCUGAAAGCCAUAAAGGGCAAAGAUGAGCUCAUCAGCCAGCUGGAGGCUCAGCUGGAGAAGCAGAAGCGGAUGAGAGCAGAGGAAGCAAAAACUGUUCAAGAAAAAGCUGCAAAGAUCAAGGAAUGGGUGACACUCAAGUUGGCAGAGCUUGAGAUGGAGAAUCAGCAUCUGAAAAGCCGUAAUCAGCACCUGGUGGAGCAGGUGGGAGCCCUUCAAGAUGCGCUAGAAGCUAUUCAGAUAGCUCCUUCGCAGAAGCUGCUGGUGCCCCCCCACGGAGCUGCAGAGCAGGAUUCUGUCCCUUCAGAGCCGGGAAUCCAGCCUAUGGGCCAGGACAGUGGCUCCCAGGCCCAGGGUCUGAAGGCAGCUGUGCUUGCACCUUCCCCAGGUGCCCUGCAGAGCAAGGACUCUGUUUCUGAAGCAGCAAGCCCCUUGGAGGAUUCUAGUUCCAGCACGGUCCAUUCUGGGGAAACGGUAGAGGCCAAGCCCCUUCAACCUCAUCUGGGAAGAGAGAGCCCUCCCCACCAGCCAUGCAUGAAGCUUUGUACCUUCAGAUGUGGUUCAGCUUCCUGGGGUGAGAGUCUGGUUACUGCUGAGAGAGGGAUGCUCCCUGGGACAAAGACCUCUGCCAGGGAAGGUGGUCCUGGCAGCAGUCUGACCCUACCAAAGGUGCGGGCUCCUGGCACCCCACGGGACAGCAUCCAGUUGGCGAAAAGGCACCACAGCCAGCCCCAGGUGGGCCGUGGGCACUUUGACCGUGUGGUGAGCAUUGAGAUUGGGGCCUUCUCAGCCCUCCACCCCUCUGGCCUUCCUGAGCUGGAGUCCCGAGCUAGGUACCGGGAGGAACCAGAGAAGAUGGAGAUGGAGGAGCCACCCCCAGCAGGGAAGAAUGAGGAAAGAGAGAGCCCGAAGGCCCUUGGAGCUGAGCUGGAGGAAGUGGAGCUGGGUAACAAGCCACCUACACCCCCGCUGCACCAGUUUUCAUCCUGGGAGAGCCGGAUCUAUGCUGUGGCCACAUCGGGCAUGCGGCUUUCAGAUGUGUCUCCCAGAAGUAAUAGUGCAUGCUGCGUGGAACACUGUGCAAGCCUCAUGGAGGAGAAAAUGGUUAAAGCUUCAAGCCCUCCUGCCCUUGCUUCCCCUGGGUCUUUCUCUGGCCUGGUCUACAAGAAUGUCACUGUGCCUGUCUACACAGCACUGAAGGGGAGAGCCACACAAAUCAGCAACAUGCCCUUUAUGGACGAGUCCUCCGGGUCCGAUGAUGACUGCAGCUCUCAGGCGAGUUUCCGAAUCUCAGUCCCCUCCUCUGAGUCCAGGAAGACCAGCGGACUAGGCAGCCCCCGGGCCAUCAAGAGAGGCGUCUCCAUGUCCUCACUGAGCUCCGAGGGUGACUACGCCAUCCCCCCGGACGCCUGCUCGCUGGACAGUGACUACUCAGAGCCUGAGCACAAACUGCAGCGCACCUCAUCCUACUCCACUGAUGGGCUGGGCCUGGGCGGGGAGUCACUGGAGAAGUCGGGCUACCUGCUGAAAAUGGGGAGCCGGGUGAAGACGUGGAAGAGGCGCUGGUUUGUCCUGAGACAGGGACAGAUUAUGUACUACAAAUCCCCGAGUGAUGUCAUCCGGAAACCUCAAGGCCAAGUGGAUCUGAACUCCCACUGCCAAAUUGUUCGAGGGGAGGGUUCACAGACAUUUCAGCUCAUCUCUGAGAAGAAAACCUACUACCUGACGGCCGAUUCACCCAGCCUGCUGGAGGAGUGGAUCCGAGUACUCCAGAGCCUGCUGAAGGUGCAGGCCACCGGGCCUCCAGCUCUGCCUCGGGGUGGCACCAAGCCCACCGUGAAGGGCUGGCUGACCAAGGUAAAGCAUGGCCACUCCAAGCUGGUCUGGUGUGCUCUUGUUGGGAAAACCUUCUACUACUAUCGGAACCAUGAGGACAAGCGACCCCUGGGCUGCCUGCCUGUGCGGGAUGCACGCAUAGAGGAAGUAGAUCGAUCCUGUGACUCAGACGAGGACUAUGAGGCUGGAGGAACCAGACGGUUGCUUUCCUCCCACUGCACCCUGGUGAUCCACCCCACAGAGCACAGCCCCACCUAUCUCCUCAUUGGCACCAAGCAUGAAAAGGAUACGUGGCUCUACCACCUCACAGUGGCUGCAGGUGGCAGCAGUGCCAAGGUGGGCACUGCCUAUGAGCAGCUCAUUGGAAAACUGAUGGAUGGUGAAGGAGACCCAGAUUCGCCACUCUGGAGGCACCCCAUGCUGUGCUACAGCAAAGACGGCCUAUACGCCUCCCUCACCACCCUGCCCUCUGAGGCCUUGCAGACGGAGGCCCUCAAGCUCUUCAAGUCCUGCCAGCUCUUCAUCAACGUGCCGGUUGAAGCUGCCUCGGUGGAUUACCAUGUGUCCCUGGCCCAGACCGCACUGCAGGUCUGUCUGGUUCACCCCGAGCUGCAGAGUGAGAUUUACUGCCAACUCAUGAAGCAAACCAGCUGCCGCCCACCUCAGAAGUACUCCCUCAUGCAGUGCUGGCAGCUCCUUGCUCUGUGUGCUCCACUUUUCCUGCCUCAGCAUCACUUCCUCUGGUAUGUCAAGCAGCAGCUCCAACGCCAUGCAGAUCCCAGAAGUGAAACUGGCCAGUAUGCCACCUACUGCCAGCGGGCAGUGGAGCGGACCCUGCGGACCGGGGAGCGGGAAGCCAGGCCGUCGCGCAUGGAAGUGGUGUCCAUCCUGCUGCGUAACCCCUUCCACCACUCCUUGCCCUUCAGCAUCCCUGUGCACUUUACCAAUGGGACUUACCAGGUGGUUGGUUUUGACGGCUCCUCCACGGUUGAUGAGUUCCUCCAGCGGCUGAACCAGGAGAUAGGCAUGAGAAAGCCAUCCCACUCUGGCUUUGCCCUCUUCACGGACGAUCCCUCGGGCAGGGACCUGGAGCACUGCCUGCAGGGAAGUGUCAAGAUCUGCGAUGCCAUCUCCAAGUGGGAACAAGCCAUGAAGGAGCUGCACUCCGGAAAGUCUGAGGGCGGGACACGCGUCGUGAAGCUGAUGUACAAGAACAGGCUGUACUUUCGCAGUCAAGUCAAAGGGGAGACGGACCGAGAACGGCUGCUCCUUGCCUCUCAAACUAGUAGAGAGAUAGUGGCAGGGAGGUUUCCUGUCAACAAGGAAUUGGCUCUUGAGAUGGCUGCCCUGAUGGCCCAGGUAGAAUAUGGGGACUUGGAGAAGCCUGCCCUGCCAGGCCCUGGAGGCACAUCCCCUGCUAAGGCUCAGCAUCUUCUCCAGCAGGUCCUAGACAGGUUCUACCCCAGGCGCUAUAGACAUGGGGCCCCCCUUGAACAGCUGAGGCAUCUGGCAGAUAUGUUGACCACAAAAUGGGCAACAUUGCAAGGAUGCUCCCCUCCUGAGUGCAUCCGCAUCUACCUGACCGUGGCCAGGAAAUGGCCUUUCUUUGGUGCUAAACUUUUUGCUGCUCAGCCUGCCCAGCUGUCUUCCAAGGAGCACGCUCUGGUGUGGAUUGCUGUGAAUGAGGAUGGCGUAAGCAUCCUGGACCACAACACUAUGCAAGUGCACGUCACUUACCCCUACUCUUCAGUGACAACCUUUGGUGGCUGCAGGGAUGACUUCAUGCUUGUGAUCAGAUCUAUCCCAGACAAGAGCUCCGGAAAAAGCCACAUUGAGAAGUUGAUCUUCCGGAUGGCUGCUCCCAAGAUUGCAGAAGCUACCUUCAUCAUGGCCAGCUAUAUGAACCAUUGCACUACAACUGUGAACCCACCCACCAACCCACCCGGAGCCUGCCAGCUGUGGGAACUGGAUGGACAACAGUUCUUUUCUUCUGUUUCCUGUGCUACCAAGGGGCCAACGUUGCUGUGAAUAUUUCUCCUACCCGAUUCCCCACCACCACUAGUGCCUCUGGAUUUAGAGAUAUAUAUCCUAGGGUAUGAUACUACUGUGAUGGGUCUAACAGCCCCUGGCUACUCUUGUUCUGUGAAAUGUGUAUUUUAGUCUCUGUGAAGCCUUUACUGUCUAGGUGCCUUAUAAUGUUUCAGGGCUCAACUUUUUAAAAUCCAGACCCAGUGUUAAAACCACUUAUUCCUUUUUUCAUAAGAAUAAUGACUCCAGAUGCUACCUGAUUCUAGACAUAGACAGGGAUGAUCCACUGUUACUGAGGGCAUCAGUGCUAUAAGUUAAGUCUUUCUGCACUUUCUGCACUCUCAAGGAAGCUAAUUUUCUUUCUAGGGGGGCGGGGGACACAGUCUCACUAUGUCACCCAGGCUGGAGUGCAAAGGGUUCAAGCAAUUCUCUUGCCUCAGCCUUCGGAGUAGCUGGGAUUACAGGUGUACGCCACCACACUCGGCUAAUUUUUGUAUUUUUAGUAGAGACAGGGUUUCACCAUGUUGGCCAGGCUGGUCUCGAACUCCUGACCUCAGGUGAUCUGCCCACCUUGGCCUCCCAAAGUGCUGGGAUUACAGGCAUGAGCCACCGCCCAGCCCAGAAGCUAAUUUUUUAAUAUUGUAUAUGGUCUUAUUUAUACUGGAAGUUUUGUGAACGUUGCUAAAUAGGAUAGGACUAAAAUUUCCAAUUCUCCUACACUCUGUCAGAAGCCUAGAACUCACUAAACUGGGCUGCUUUUCCCAAAUGGGAAAGGUGCUGACAGAGUUGGAGAAAAAAGAAUAGACUCACUUUUCCCCAUUAUUGGUAUGUAGGCAUUGGUACAGCCCCUUCUGGGGCAGUCUUUGCAGGAUAACAUGCUAUCCCUGCUAAGAUUCAAGCUGUUUUCCUCACACUGGACUGUAGGCCAAACCCAGUACCACACAAUGUGCAAGCAAGGGCAGGAGGUAGGUCCAAUCUGACCCCUCCCUGUCUCAUUUUAAUGACUGGACAGCGCUCGGUGAAGGCUGUGUUCACUGUAGUGGGCCAUCAUUUGUUUCCUUGUUCUUGUAAAAGACCAAGCAAAUGCACUCUGCUUUUUGCUGCUGUAAGACCACCAGAAAUGAGUCCGAAACACAGAAGACUAUUUCAGGCAUGUGGGCCUGGAUAUGCUCCUUGAGACUUCCAGCAAACUUCUGCUGGGAAUUAGUUUGAGGGUGAUGGUACAUACGUGACAUUUGCCCUAGCCUAAGAGUAGCAGGUAAAAGAAAGUUUCUUUCAUCUUUUGCCUUACUGAUAAUACCAUAAUCCCCCUCAAUUCAGACCUUCUGAUUGAGUGCAGAGGAGAUUAGACAGUCUCCUCCAGAUGGUGUAGACACACCCUCCCCUAACAAAAACUAAACGAAAGAGUUCAUACUCUGAUUUUCCAACAUCUAAGAAACUGAGUUUUAUUUCCUAGCUCUAAGGCAGCCUUACUAUGUGUCAAUAAAGUGCUGAAAACUGUAUAUUUAGCAGUAGCACCCAAAACCAAGCCUUUAACCCCAACAAUGUGUGUAUAUUGUGCACAGCAAAAGCUGCGAGGCCAGAACUAGUUUAUCUGAACACCUCAGCUGCUGUAAGCUUCUCCUCUCUCACCCCGUAAACUGACAAGCAUGAUGAAAAAAGAAGCACAUCCAAGUUUCUGCCUCUUUUAAAUGUACUUGACUUUGCAAGGCAAGUAGUUUUACAGCCAUUUCUGUUCACACCUUUCACCCCAGGACUUGGGGAUCUAGCUGAGACAUUUCUACCUCGAACAAGUCACAUGUACCACAGGUUCCUGAAUAAUUCCUGCAGGGCUGGUGACAGACAUAACAGCUCUGGUUUUAUAAUAUCUUGGGUAUCUCUAAGGCCAAUAAGGAUAAUAUUAUCUAUCCAGAGAGUUUAAAAGAAAAGUAGGAGUCCGCAGGAAGAGUAAACAAGAAUGGAGCUGUGUUCACACUGAAUUUGGGGUCAAUCUAUUUCCCCCAACCUCUCUCCUCCCCAACCCUUCAGGAAUCCUCCUUUAGUUUAUUAAUUUUAUACAGAAGAAACUGCCUUAGAAACAAAAGAUUCAAUAAUUUGCUUAUUUAUUCUUUGUUAACAUGAGAGUCCCAUGUCUGAAAACCAAAGUCCAAUUUCUGUCUGGCCUUUUGUCCCAUCCCUCUUGGCAAAAGUAGCUUUUGAACUGAUUAAAAAAAAAAAAAAAACAUGCUGAAUAACAGAAAAGCAUUAAUGUGCUUGACACCAUGACUGAAAUACCAUGAUCUUGUUUGUCAAUAAAAAGCAGCUAUCUGUGAACCAGG